AUGGCAACGCUGGAUUUCACGGUGAUCUUCUUCGUUAGUUUUCUAGGUUUCAUCUCCCUUUGUAAAGUAGUUACUGGUUUCAUCAAAUGGGUGUGGGUCAUGUUCUUGAGGCCACCAAAGAACCUCAAAGAUCACUACGGUUCAUGGGCUAUUGUCACCGGCUGCACCGAUGGGAUCGGGAAAGCCCUGGUGUUUCAACUGGCGUCCCACGGUCUUAACCUACUCUUGGUGGGCCGAAACCCUUUGAAACUCCAAGCCACAGCCGACGCCAUACGUGAAAGAUUCGGCACACAAGUCAAAACCAGAAAAGUUGUCGUUGACUUUUCCAAAACCAGCGGCGAAGAGAUGUCGAAGACGAUGGAGGGUGUUAUUGAAGGGCUAGACAUCGGCGUGCUUGUCAACAACGCCGGCGUGGCCUACGAAGGUGCAACGUUUUUCCACGAGGUGGAGCCGGAGGUGGUGGAGAGUAUUAUAAAGGUGAAUGUGGAGGCGGCGACUUGGAUUACUAAAGCGGUGGUUCCGGUCAUGGCGAAGAAAAAGAAAGGGGCAAUCGUCAACAUCGGCUCUGGUUCUUACGGUGGCUUUCUUUCAUACCCUUUAUACACCGUUUAUGCUGCUUCUAAAGCGUAA